UUGCCACCUAUAAAAAAGCCUAACGAGGAUCAGAUUUUUCCAUUUUGCAGGCCAAAUAUUAGGAUUCCACAGGCUCAGCAGAAAAAAACAAAAACAUGAUAACGACGUCGGCGGAUCUCAGCGCCGGCGAGGUCCGGCUACCGCUUAUUGCCCCGGCGAAGACGGUCUUCUCCGGCGACGAGAAGCAGAAGCUCUGCAUGGACGACAUGCUACAGGCUCACUGUGGCGAGUUUGGGCGAUGGCAGUUGAGGCAUUUCGUGUUGACGAGCCUGGCCUGGGCUCUCGAGGCCUUCCACACCAUGGUCAUGAUAUUCGCCGAUCGGGAACCCGCCUGGAGGUGCGUCGGCGCAGCCUGUUCCUUCCCCUCCGCCGGCGGCGGCUUCUGCGGCCUGGAACCCGGUUCCUGGGAGUGGAUCGGCGGCGACAGCAGCUCAACCGUGGCGGAGUGGGGCCUGGUGUGCGGUCAGAAGUACAAGGUUGGGUUAGUCCAAUCCCUCUUCUUCGGCGGCUGCAUGAUAGGGGCUGGAAUAUUUGGACAUCUCUCAGACUCCAAACUGGGGAGAAAAGGAUCCCUAAUUGCAGUAUGCGUUCUCAACGCCACCUUCGGUUGCUUAACGGCCCUGGCUCCAGAUUUCUGGACCUACGCCCUGCUCCGCCUCUUCACCGGCUUCAGCACCGGUGGUGUCGGCCUCUGCGCCUUCGUCCUUGCCACCGAGCCCGUCGGCCCCACCAAGCGUGGCGCCGCCGGCAUGUCCACCUUCUACUUCUUCUCCUGCGGCAUCGGCAUGCUCUCCGGCAUAGCCUACAUUUUCCAGUCAUGGAGAGCUCUCUAUAUAGCGUCGUCAAUCCCUUCCAUUCUCUUCCUUAUCGCUGUCGUCCCAUUCCUCUCGGAGUCCCCUCGAUGGUACCUCAUCCGAGGCAAGCUCAACCUCGCCAUGAAGACCAUGCAGGGCAUCGCCAAGUCCAAUGGGAAACACCUUCCUGAAGGGGUAAUCUUGGCCCUGGAUGAGGAAACCAACGAGAACACUACCAUUGCAAAUGCUCAAGAAAAACAGGCGAUCACAGGCUCUGUAAUUGACGUGAUUCGCUUGCCUCUAACUCGGGUUCGUUUGUUUCUUUCAGUUGGCAUUAACUUCCUGUGUUCAGUUGUGUACUACGGCUUGAGCUUAAACGUCGUCAACCUGGAAACCAAUCUCUACCUCAAUGUGUUCAUCAACUCGGUAGCCGAAAUGCCAGCAUUCUUGUUGACGGCAAUCUUGCUGGAUAAGAUUGGAAGGAAGCCGUUGGCAAUCGGGACGCAGUGGUUCAGCGGUUUCUUCUGCAUUAUAGGGGGAUUGGUUGGAGGAAAUGGGGCGUGGAAGGUGGUGAGGAUGGUUUGUGGGUUUUUGGGGAUAUUUGGUAUGGCCGGAACUUACAACUUGCUGUUCAUUUACACGGUGGAGCUGUUUCCGACGGUGGUGAGGAACGCGGCGCUGGGAUGUGCGACGCAGGCGGCACAGAUGGGGGCGAUUCUGACGCCCUUCGUGGUAGUGGUGGGCGGGUGGAUGCCGUUCGCGGUGUUUGGUUUGUGCGGGUUGGUGGGAGGGCUGCUGGCGUUUUGCCUGCCGGAGACGUUGAACCGGCCACUUUACGACACCUUGGGUGGCAUGGAUGAAGGUGAAAGUAGAAACUAAUUGGAGGCAGUCCUUGGUUUUUGAAAUACGAGAUUUGGAUUUUGUUGUUUACUCGAUUUCUCUUUUUUUUUUUUUUUCGGGUUUGUUUUAUUUUGUUUUGGGAUAACAAGAAGGCAGGAGUGAGUACGGUGUAUAUGGGAAAAUACUUGGGUCUAGUCUAGUGAGUGAGUGAGAGUGUGUUGUAUGGGUAAGGUCCAAUGUCUAACAAUUAAAAUUUGAUAUUUUGCUUAAAUAAUUUUUUAUUUUUUUUCUAUUUAAAAGAUUAUUAUUUAACUAUCUUGUGUUUGCCUCAAGUCUGUCCGAUAGAAGAUUAGUAAAUAUUGGAGAUGCAUUGAUCGGAAGAUUAGAUCAUUAGACUUAAAAUACCAAAUAUAAUAUAUUUAGUAUUUGGGGGGUCUAAUUGUAAUAUCUCAAUGAUAGUUAAUUAUAUUG